CUGCUCUGGUAUUUAAUAUUGCAAUCCCCUUUUUCUCUUCUUCUCCCGCUUUUUAUUUCGACUUUCUCAUUAACUCAAGAAUCAUUUAAAAUGGCUGACGGUGUUUUCCCAGGUGCUAUCGGUAUCGAUUUAGGUACUACCUACUCUUGUGUCGCUACUUACGACUCUGCUGUUGAAAUCAUUGCCAACGAGCAAGGUAACCGUGUUACCCCAUCCUUCGUUGCCUUCACCGCUGAAGAAAGAUUGAUCGGUGAUGCCGCUAAGAACCAGGCUGCGUUGAACCCAACCAACACUGUCUUCGAUGCCAAGCGUUUGAUCGGCCGUCGUUUCGACGAGGAAUCCGUCCAGAAGGACAUCAAGUCCUGGCCAUUCAAGGUCUUGGAUGUUGCUGGUGCCCCACAGAUCCAGGUUGAAUACUUGGGUGAAUCCAAGACUUUCUCUCCACAGGAAAUCUCCUCCAUGGUCUUGACCAAGAUGAAGGAAAUCGCUGAGGCCAAGAUUGGUAAGAAGGUUGAAAAGGCCGUCGUCACCGUCCCAGCCUACUUCAACGAUUCUCAGCGUCAGGCCACCAAGGAUGCCGGUGCCAUUGCCGGGUUGAACGUUUUGCGUAUCAUCAACGAGCCAACCGCCGCUGCUAUCGCUUACGGUUUGGGUGCUGGUAAGUCCGACAAGGAAAAGCACGUCCUUAUCUUCGAUUUGGGUGGUGGUACUUUCGAUGUCUCCCUUUUGCACAUCGCUGGUGGUGUCUUUACCGUUAAGGCUACUGCCGGUGACACCCACUUGGGUGGUCAGGAUUUCGACACCAACUUGUUGGAGCACUUCAAGACCGAGUUCAAGAGAAAGACCAACUUGGACAUCUCCUCCGACGCCCGUGCCUUGAGAAGAUUGAGAACCGCGUGUGAACGUGCGAAGAGAACCUUGUCCUCUGUCACCCAGACCACCGUUGAAGUCGACUCCUUGUUCGACGGUGAGGACUUCUCCGCCAACAUCACCAGAGCCAGAUUCGAAGACAUUAACUCUGCUAUGUUCAAGUCCACCUUGGACCCAGUUGAGCAGGUCUUGAGAGACUCCAAGAUUCCAAAGUCCUCGGUCGACGAGGUUGUCUUGGUCGGUGGUUCCACCAGAAUUCCAAAGGUCCAGAAGUUGUUGUCUGACUUCUUCGAGGGUAAGCAGUUGGAAAAGUCUAUCAACCCAGAUGAGGCUGUUGCUUUCGGUGCCGCCGUCCAGGGUGCCAUCUUGACUGGCCAGUCCACCUCCGACGAAACCAAGGACUUGUUGUUGUUGGACGUCAUCCCAUUAUCUUUGGGUGUCGCCAUGCAGGGUAACGUCUUUGCCCCAGUUGUCCCAAGAAACACCACCGUUCCAACCAUCAAGAGAAGAACUUUCACCACCUGUGAAGACCACCAGACCACCGUCCAGUUCCCAGUCUACCAGGGUGAACGUGUCAACUGUGUUGAAAACACCUUGUUAGGUGAGUUCGACUUGAAGAACAUUCCACCAAUGCUGGCCGGUGAGCCAGUCUUGGAGGCCAUCUUCGAAGUCGAUGCCAACGGUAUCUUGAAGGUUACUGCCGUUGAAAAGUCUACCGGCCGUACCGCCAACAUCACCAUCUCCAACUCUAUCGGUCAAUUGUCUUCCCAGGACAUUGAAAAGAUGAUUAGCGAUGCUGAAAACUUCAAGUCUGCUGACGAAGCUUUCGCCAAGAAGCACGAGGCCAAGCAAAAGUUGGAGGCCUACGUUUCUUCUAUCGAAGCCACCGUUACCGACCCAAUCUUGUCCGCCAAGUUGAAGAGAGGUUCUAAGGACAGAAUCGAAGCCUCUUUGUCCGACGCUUUGGCCACUUUGGAAAUCGAAGAUGCCUCUGCCGAUGACUUGAGAAGAGCCGAAUUGAACCUUAAGCGUACCGUCACCAAGGCCAUGGCUACCCGUUAAAUUUAACUAGUGGUCCACUCUUAUGAUCUCAAGUUGUAUUCUCAUGUCAAAUCUCAUUUAGUUUUUAUAAUCUAAACAAAUAUAUAAAAGAUAUUCUAGCGUAGGUUAAGAGUCUGAUUUUGUA